GCGCCUUUCAAAUUAAAUGUUUACAUUUCUUCGAUAUUAAAUUGUAUUUUUCUCGUCAUUUCUAACCAAAAAUGAAGAACGAUCAAAAUGCCCUUGAUAUCUAUUUCAUAGAGAAACGACUUGAGACGUUCAAAUCCUGGCCAUUUGAAGAAAAUUGCUUUUGUACGGCAGAAAAAAUGGCAGAAGCUGGUUUUAUUCACUGCCAAGAUGAUAAUGAACCAGAUGUUGUGAAGUGUUUCAUUUGUUACAAGACAUUGGAUGGCUGGGAGCCUGAGGAUGAUCCAUGGGAUGAACACAAACGCCACGCCCCACAGUGUGGAUUCGUCAAACUCAACAAUAAGGAGCUGACAGUUGAGGACAUCCUCAAGUUGGAAUCUCAGAGACUCACCAAUGAAUUUAUGGAGAUUGUCAAGUCGUCACAGAAAACGUGGGAAGCUUAUGCGGGAGAAACGAAGGAGACCAUGGAAAAUAUUGUGUAGGAUAUUUGGACUAGCAGUGUGAAGAUAGAUUAUUUGGAAGUCAUAGUGUCACUGUGACAUGAGCUGGUGUGUGAUAGAGACACUUGAUAAUGGAGAAUGUCGCUUUGUGAGCUUGUAGACCGAGUGUAUGAGUUACACAAAAUGUUUCUGCCGUGAUCACUAAUCUUUUGUUAUUCACUCUCACCGUGUUGGAUUCACACUCACAAAAUUGGUUAGUUUCUUUUUGAUGUGGCUCUUCCUGGGCAUAAAGACAUUCAGUAGAGCAUUGAUGUCGUACCAGUCACUGUCCUUGGCCAGGUCCUUUUGAAAUUAAGUAAGGGUAAUGAAUUGGUAUAGUCAGAAACAGGAAACAAUAGGCCCGAGUGACCUUAUGGAACUCCGCUGGUAUUGGGAGCCAGGGGAGCCAGAUUUUCUUAACGUUUAACAAGAUUUCAUGUAACCUAUCUCGUCUUGUUGCAAUAAAUAAAUGUAGAUUGUAUUUAUCAAA